AUGUAUUUUCUUUCCUUAAUUCUUCCCUCCAUUUUUUUUAACUCCGUUUUUGUGUGCGCAUAUGUAGAAUUCCCCCACUACAGCACCACAAAUGCUGUUAUUGCUGUGAAGGUGGUUUUUAUGGCAUUCGUUCAUUCCAUCCUUAAUCACAGUCUUUUCUUCCUUAUUUGUUUCUAUACAAUCCUUUCUAAUUCUUUCCUCUUUUUCUCAUCUAUGCUUCCUCAUUUCUUCCUUCCUUUUUCUCUUCAGUCAUUCCUAAUUCCGUUCUGUUCAAUCCUUCCUUUUCUCUUCCAACAUUUCUUAUUCCUUUCUCACAGAUUCUUCCUAAUUCCUUUCCCUUUAAUGCUUAAUAAUUCCUUCCUCUUCACCCUUCCUAAUUCCUUUCUUUUUUUUUUUCAUUUAUUUUUUUACACUUAUCCUUUCCUUUCUCAUCGUAAUCUUUUAUUCCCUUUUUUUCUCUGCUUUCAUUUUCCUGUCUCUCAUUCACUUGCUCAUUUCUUCUUUCCUUUUUUGUUUUUAUUCUGUUUUCUUUCUACUUUUCUCUGUCUUUUUUUUCUGUGCUUUCUUUCCAAUUUUAUUCCCCAAAAAUAA